CAAGAUAAUCAAAACAAUGGCUCUUUCAUCUUAUUUCUUGCUCUCCUUCGUCCUAAUCGUUGCAUCUCUAAGUAAAAUCCAGGCCGUCGAAUUCACCGUCUCCAACACAGUCCCGAACACUAAAGGCGGUGCGAUCUUCGCAGAUCGGAUCGGAGACGCGUACGCUCGGCAGACCAUGAUUGCAGCCACCAACUUCAUAUGGCAGGUCUUCCAGCAAGCGACCGCGGCUGACCGGAAAGAUGUGGCUCGUGUGAGGUUAAUCAUUGAUAACUUAUACGAUGUAGCAGCCGCAACGGGCAGUGAAAUCCAUUUCAGUGCUAACUAUGUCAGGGAAAUACAAGGUGAUAAGGAAGAGUUCACCGGCAUAAUGUACCAUGAGAUGACGCAUGUGUGGCAGUGGGACGGAAGAGGGAACCCAAGCGCAAGGAAAGUAAUCGAGGGUAUCGCCGAUUUCGUGAGGCUGAGGGCGAAUCUAGCGCCGGCGACGUGGCCCAGGCGGGGGGCGGGGAACUGCUGGGGCGAGAGCUCCACCGUGACGGCCUAUUUCCUAGAUUACUGCGAGAGUCGGAGGAACGGGUUUGUGGCGGAGCUCAACAAGAAGAUGAGAGAUGGCUACAGUGAUGACUUCUUCGUGCAGUUGCUAGGAAGGACGGUCGAUCAACUGUUUAGCGAGUACAAGGCCCGGUUCGGAGGGGCGGCUGAGUAGAUGUGUUGCUGUUUCUAAAGCUUGUUCUAUGCACUAUCCAUGAGAAUAAAACCUUCAUAGGUCAAAUAAAUCAUGGAUUUGAGUGAUAAAUUAAGAAUAAAACAUCUCUUGCCUAA